AUGACUCCUGAGGGCCUGCAAUUCCUAGAUCUCAUCGAGAGCGUCGCCCGAGCUUUGUCUUCCGUCGACAUCGCGAUCGAGCAAUUCCAAGCCGAAGCCAGCCCCGGCCAGUGGGAAUCUGUCCCGCCACUUGCGGACCCUGUGAAGGCAGUCGGUGUUUUGCUACACACUCACGAAAAAGUAAUGCUCGUCGCACAGUCAUUAGGGUACCGAGCGACGAAUUCAACCCAACAUUUCCCACAGCAACCCGCCAACGGGGCUCAUGUGCAUCUUUCGGUGAACGCGAGACAUUCUGCGAAGACCAUACAGACGUCCGACCAUCUCAAGGAACAACUGCUAGAGAAGUCCAAUGCCGAAUCUUUCUUUGAUGGCGUCAUAAAACAUUUUCCUUCCAUUUGGCAUUCGCGCUUCCCAGCGACAUCAGCUACGACCGCGUGA